CUUCCCUCCCUGGGAUUAAUUUCCAAGAGGUCCAGGCACUUUGCAGAACUGUCCUUGUUCCUCUUGCAUUUGCCAAAUCAAGGGUAUAUCUGCCUAAGGCUGGAGAGAUGCUGUUACUCCUGGUGAUAUGAUUGCAUAGCAACACAGCCGCACGGGGUGCUGGAGGAGGAGAGACAGUGAGAGCGUGCACACAGCAGCUCUGAGCCUCAGCAUGCAUCCCUGUCACAGGGACUUCUUUGCUGAUUCACAGAGGCAGCCCCAAUCCUUACCUCUGAAGCCCAGCUGCUGCUUGCGUUUCAGACCUGGAGGAAUCAGAAGGUGCCUGGGCCCACAGUUAUCUCCAUCCCCAUGAACUUCUGUUCUGAUGCAGCCGAUGGUCAGGCAGGAAUGCCCCUACGCUCUCCCACGAUGUCAUGAGUGGUGCGCAGCAGACCUGUCGGAUCACAGCAGCACGUCUCGCCCACAGUCUCAGGUUAAAGCCAUUCAAGAUGGUGCAGGACUGCCCAGUGUAACCCAGCAGACUCCACAGAGUGUUGUCAAGCUCCAGACUGCUCUGGAGAUGAAUCUGUGCUGGAACGAGAUCAAAAAGAAAUCCCACAGCCUUCGGGCUCGUCUAGAGGCCUUCUCGGACCACAGCGGGAAGCUGCAGCUCCCCCUGCAGGAGAUCAUCGACUGGCUCAGUCAGAAGGAUGAGGAGCUGUCAGCUCAGCUGCCGCUCCGAGGAGAUGUGCUCCUGGUGCAGCAGGAGAAAGAGACUCACACAGCUCUCAUGGAAGAGGUGAAGUCUCGGGGUCCCUAUAUUUAUUCAGUCCUGGAGUCAGCACAGGCCUUCCUUUCCCAGCAUCCAUUUGAAGAAUUAGAGGAACCAAAUUCUGAAAGCAAAGAUGUCUCACCCCGGCAUCGGAUCCAGAACAUCAGCCGCUUUGUGUGGAAGCAGGCAAAUGUGGCUAGUGAGCUGUGGGAGAAGCUAACUGCUCGCUGUGUGGACCAGCACCGUCACAUUGAACGGACCCUGGAACAACUGCUGGAGAUCAAGGGGGCCAUGGAGGAGCUUAGUACCACACUGGACCAGGCAGAAAGUGUGCGGGAAACCUGGGAAUCAAUUGGGGACCUCUUCAUUGAUUCUUUACCAGAGCACAUCCAGGCAACCAAGCUGUUUAAGGAAGAGCUCUCCCCUAUGAAGGAUGGAGUGAAGCUAGUUAAUGACCUUGCACACCAGCUUGCUAUCUCUGAUGUUCAUCUAUCCAUGGAGAACUCCCGAGCCUUGGAGCAGAUCAACACCCGGUGGAAACAGCUUCAGACCUCUGUAAAUGAGCGGCUGAAACAGCUCCAGGAUGCCCAUCGGGACUUUGGACCAGGCUCCCAGCACUUCCUCUCCUCCUCUGUCCAGAUCCCCUGGGAACGAGCAAUUUCACCCAAUAAAGUGCCGUACUACAUCAACCAUCAGGCUCAGACAACGUGCUGGGACCACCCCAAGAUGACAGAGCUGUACCAGACACUGGCUGAUUUGAACAACAUCAAGUUCUCUGCAUAUCGGACGGCCAUGAAGCUGCGCCGUGUCCAGAAGGCUCUGCGAUUGGACAUGGUGACUUUGGCCACAGCCUUGGAAAUCUUCAAUGAGCAUGAGUUGCAGCCCAGUGACCGGGUAAUGGACGUGGUUGAGGUCAUCCACUGCCUGACAGCUCUCUACGAGCGUCUGGAGGAAGAGAGGGGCAUCCUGGUCAAUGUUCCACUCUGCGUGGACAUGAGUCUCAACUGGCUGCUCAAUGUAUUCGAUAGUGGUCGCAGUGGGAAGAUGCGAGCUCUCUCGUUCAAGACUGGCGUUGCAUGUAUGUGCGGCACGGAGGUGAAGGAGAAAUUCCAGUACCUCUUUAGCCAGGUGGCAAACCCUGGUGGCUUGUGUGACCAGCGGCACCUUGGCAUCUUGCUGCAUGAGGCCAUCCAGGUUCCACGCCAGCUGGGAGAGGUGGCAGCGUUUGGAGGCAGCAAUGUGGAGCCCAGUGUCCGCAGCUGCUUCCGCUUUAGUAAUGGGAAACCUGUGAUUGAGGUCUCUCAGUUCCUGGAAUGGGCCAACCUGGAGCCACAGUCCAUGGUAUGGCUGGCUGUCCUGCACAGAGUGACCAUUGCUGAACAAGUGAAGCACCAGACCAAAUGUUCUGUCUGCAGGCAGUGUCCUAUCAAAGGCUUCAGAUAUAGAAGCCUGAAGCAGUUCAAUGUGGAUAUCUGUCAGACCUGCUUCCUAACAGGGCGAGCCAGCAAAGGGAAUAAGCUGCACUAUCCCAUCAUGGAGUACUAUACGCCGACUACGUCUAGUGAGAACAUGAGAGACUUUGCUACAACCCUAAAAAACAAGUUCCGGUCGAAGCAGUACUUCAGCAAGCACCCGCAGAGGGGAUACCUGCCUGUCCAGUCUGUGCUUGAAGCUGACUUCUCAGAGACACCAGCCUCCUCCCCGAUGCUACCACAUGCUGAUACCCACUCCAGGAUUGAGCACUUUGCCAGCAGGCUCGCAGAGAUGGAAAGUCAGAACUGUUCCUUCUUUAAUGACAGUUUGUCCCCAGAUGAUAGCCUGGAUGAGGAUCAGUACCUGUUGCGCCACUCCAGUCCAAUCACAGACCGAGAACCAGUGGGCAGCCAGCAGGCCAAGGACAGUGUCAACACCAAUGAUAAGGGGGAGCUGGAGAGAAUCCUGGCCCAUUUAGAGGAUGAAAACAGGAUCCUCCAAGGAGAGCUGAGGCGUUUGAAAUGGCAGCACGAAGAAGCAGCAGAGUCUCCAACCCUGGCAGAGGGAUCUCCUGAAUCAGUCCAAGAUCCACACAGUGAUGAGCUCCUGGCUGAGGCAAGGAUCCUUCGGCAGCACAAGAGCCGUUUGGAGACCAGAAUGCAGAUCCUGGAAGAUCACAACAAGCAGCUGGAGUCCCAGCUGCACCGUCUGAGGGAGCUGCUACUGCAGCCGCCAGCAGAGUCAGAUGGCAAUGGCUCUGCAGCCUCCUCCUUGGCUUCCUCUCCCCACCAGUCAGAGAGCAGUCAGCUUAAGGACAAGGAGCACAACACCCCUGACACUGAAGCUGCAGAUGAGGUAGAGCCCAAGACGCAGGAUGUCAGUGUGUGUUUGGAGGACAUCAUGGAGAAACUAAGAAAUGCUUUCCCCAAUUCUCGAGGUAGUCGACUGAAAUCCCCUUCACUGGCUUCAUAUUCCUCACUGAGAUGAGUGUCAUCGUUCAGUAUCUUGCUUGGUUUAUGUGAAGCCCUAACCCUAAUCCAGCCAAUCCUGCAGCUGUACGCUGCUGCCAGACUGCCAAAGUGCUGCUUAGACUCCUUGCUGUGCCAUAGAUCUCAAGGGAGGAAUCCUCCCUGAUUGUGGAAGAGAUCCACAAUUGCUGAGAAUUGCAGCCAGUUCAGCUCUCUCCUAGGUGAAUCCAGCCAGACAAGGGAGCCUUCUAUGCUGAACAGACUGAUGCUCUGCUGGGCUUACAUGUCUCUUGAAGAUGAACAUGCAUGACCCCAUCAGGCUCCCAGUGUCUUAGUCUCCCUGAUCAGCUCCUUUAUCCAUCCCAGUCCAGAGCACGGUGCUUCUGUUUCCUGAGUGGUUUUAGGUUAGAUGGUUCAGCCUAGCUGACAAAAUUCCUCUAGGUCUCUUAAAGCAGAGGUUCCCAAACUUUUUUUCUUUUUGCAUAGCCCCUUCCAAGUUUACCAGCUGCCCACAUACCCCUACCAGGAUACGUUUUAUAUUUUAAUCCCUUAAAUGCCAAUUGGAACGAAAAUUAAAUCCAUCAUUAUACAGUUUCUCUUGUGUACCCCCCAGAGAUGUCUUGCAUACCCCCAGGGGUACGUAUACCACAAUUUGGGAACCCCUGUCUUAGAAGCUCCCACAGCCUGUGCUCCACUGAGAAUAUUUGAUAGCUAGUGCUAAUCUGAAUGGCCUACUCUCUUCUCACAGCGCCUGCUUUGCCCUCUGCUAGGGGUUGGCACUUAACGCAUCUAAUCCUAGGCUGCUGCUUGCGGCAAUGUAUCUGGUAAUCCUCUGAGUAGACAUGGCUCUUCCUCUUAUCCAUGUGCUUGUUAGGGGUCUGCAUUUCCUCAGGUGAGCCUCCUUCCAUGCCCCACCACAAAAGACAUUGUGCUGAGGGGGGAGCAGGGAACUCAUUCAGGUUAAGAACACUACACUGUGGUAAUGAGAAAUGCUUUCUCCAAGGCUCUCCUGACCCUGACCUGUACCUUCUGCAUAGGUAAUUAGCAUUCUAGCACUAACCAGGUCGCUCCCCAGUUUCAUCUUACAUGACCUGUUGGUUUUUCUUUCAGGUAUGACCUCCCUUAUCUAACAUCUCCCACGAGUAAGAGGCUUUGUCUAACCAGCUGCUUGGCUGCUCUCCUCUCCCUACUCAUGCCAUCGCGCUUCCCUGUGGCAGGCUUCACUUGGACUCUCCUUGGGGCACCCCACUGGAAAGUCAUCCAUGAUGCUCACCAACUUCAGAAGAUCUCAGGGGAAUACUCAUUGACCACAUGGGAAUGUGACUGCAGGCUCUUUGGAGCUGUCCUGAGGGUCAACCAGUCCUGACCUAAUGCUCUGGGCGCUGGAUUUAAGGAACUCUGUAAAGGAGGCAGAGGAAAGCAGGGACUGAAUGCAACACUAAAAUGGUGUUGAGUGUGGUGUAUAGGCUCCGCUCCUUCUGUUUACUGGUCACAAACUCUCACCCUGCUUGUGAGUCAGGAAAGGAUGAUGCCUGCAGCAGAUGGCAAAGCGCAACCCUGCCUGACCUCCUUCAGCUAUGUGGGUCUGCUUCCAGUUCCAGCGGGGUACCAGUCUCCAGACACUCCCACAGCCACUGAAAACUCAUUGACCACAAAGGAUCUUUUUUUAAAACUCAGUUUUUAACCGUGCAAAGCUGCCAGUCUCAGGAACUGAGCUCUCUCCAAUGGCCCGGUACCCCAGUGUCUCCCACUACUUUCAGAGGUACCACCCCAAUGGGAACAGCACUGGGGAGAAUGGGGGGUGGGAUGGGGGGGGAGGAGUCAAUAUUACAGCUUCAGCCCAGCUAAGUAGCCUUAUCUCAAGAGAAGCUUUAUAAUAGAGCACCUUAUCAUUUAAUUUGCAUAUAUAUAUAUAUUUUAUAUAUAUAUAUUCUGUACUCAAAUACUAUCAUGGACUCACUUGCAUAUUAAAUUCUAAUACCUUGUGAAGUGUUAAUUUGCGCCUUGCUGUUUUGGUCUAGACCAACAUUUGCUUCUGUGGGGACAGGCACCUUGUGCACCAUCUCAUACUCUCCCAGCUCCCUGUCAAGAUGCCCAGGUUGUGCUGCCUCUGGAGCAGAAACUCUUGUGGCAUCAGACUAGUGGCACUGGUCUGUUGAUCCAGGACUUGCUUCUGUGAGCUGUGUUUGCUUACUGUAACACGCAGGCCUGUUCCACAACUU